GUCGGCUGUGUUUACGUUGGGAUGCUCACAACAAAGGACAGCGCACCGCGGAGAGGCUGUCAUUUAAACCCAAACAUCGAGGAUAUCCCGGUUCACGGUGAGCCUUACCGACUCCCAGCUCCACAGAGGCAACAACGACUGACACAAACCCACACUGGCUUCCAUUUUAUACUGACGUGAAGCGGUUUAUUUUCCCGUUAACGGGCUGAGACGCGGAGAAAUUAGCAGCACAUUUUCCUCCUCUUGCCUGCUAGCCUCCGCAAGUUGUGGAGGUGAAGAGCUGGUUGGAGAAGCUAGCAGCUGAGAGACCCGGAGACCUGGGACAAUAGGAGGACUUCAUCAUUUACAGCACAGGCAGGACCGGUAGUGCUGCGAGCGACGGGCCCAUGAAGCAUGAGAGGGUGGAGCUGAGGCUCAGCUGACCCUUCCCCUUCCUUCUCCUCCUUUCCCCCGGUGGUCCACUCGAUCAGCACCUCCCCCUCCCUUCCUCUCCUCUCCCUUUCCUGCCUCCCAUCACCCUGCUGGAUCUCCUGCCCUCCUCCGAGCCUCAAUCAGCCGAGCCCGAUGUACUCCCCGGAGCAGGAAAACAUCUCCACCACCGCCUCCACCAAAGUGCCAGUGAAGUACGGAGAGCUCAUUGUGCUGGGGUACAAUGGCUCUCUGCCCAACGGGGACCGAGGCCGACGUAAAAGCCGUUUUGCACUUUGUAAGAGACCGAAAGCGAACGGAGUGAAGCCCAGCACAGUUCACAUCGCCUGCUCUCCACAAGCAGCCAAGGCCAUAAGCAACAAAGACCAGCACAGCAUCUCUUACACUCUGUCCCGAGCCCAGACGGUGGUGGUGGAGUACACCCAUGACAGCAAUACAGACAUGUUCCAGAUCGGUCGAUCCACAGAGAGUCCAAUAGACUUCGUGGUGACGGACACGGUGGCCGGCAGCCAGAGCAACGCAGACACCCAGUCGGUCCAGAGCACCAUCUCCCGCUUCGCCUGCCGCAUCAUGUGCCAGCGCACGCCGCCUUACACCGCACGCAUCUACGCCGCCGGCUUCGACUCGUCCAAGAACAUCUUCCUAGGGGAGAAAGCUGCUAAGUGGAAGACGUCCGACGGUCAGAUGGACGGUCUGACCACCAACGGCGUGCUGGUGAUGCAUCCUCGCAACGGCUUCACCCAGGACUCCAAACCGGGCGUCUGGAGGGAAAUCUCCGUCUGCGGCAACGUCUUCACCCUGAGGGAAACCCGAUCGGCACAGCAGCGGGGAAAGAUGGUGGAGUCUGAGUCUCAGGAGCUGGUUGACGGUUCUCUCAUCGACCUUUGCGGAGCGACGCUGUUGUGGCGCACUGCUGACGGCCUGGCACGCACUCCCACCCUCAAACACCUGGAGGCGCUGCGGCAGGAGAUCAACGCGGCCCGUCCUCAGUGUCCGGUGGGCUUCAACACGCUGGCCUUCCCCUCCAUGCGCCGCAAGGACACACCGGACGAGAAGCAGCCCUGGGUCUACCUGCAGUGCGGCCACGUGCACGGCUACCACAACUGGGGCAACCACCGCGAGGAGAGGGAGGGCCGGGAGGGCCGCAGCCGGGAGUGCCCCAUGUGUCGGGCUAAAGGGCCCUACGUGCCCCUGUGGCUGGGCUGCGAGGCCGGCUUCUACGUGGACGCGGCGCCGCCCACUCACGCCUUCAACCCCUGCGGCCACGUCUGCUCGGACAAGACGGCGGCCUUCUGGAGUCAGAUCCCUCUCCCUCACGGCACCCACACCUUCCACGCCGCCUGCCCCUUCUGUGCCCAGCAGCUGAGUGGGGAGCAGGGCUUCGUCAGACUCAUCUUCCAGGGGCCCCUCGACUAGCGGGGCCUCCAGCAAUCCUGGUGGAGAUGCAGGGAGAACACUCGGAUCCUGCGUUUUAUAACCACGGACCUACCCAGAUCUGUUUGUUUCCCUGCAGUUCAGAUAUAAACUGUUUUCUGGACUUCUUGUCUCUUUCUCAUUUUUAAGUGACCUUUGUAUUGCUUUUUCAUGAAUGACAAACAAAGAUUUCUAUAUUUUCAUGUGAAACCAGAGACACAAAAACCAAACAAAGAACACUGCUGGGUAAACUUUUAACAACAGUAUUUAUCUGAACUACUAACAUGCGGUUUUUAUUCCUGUUUAUUGUAUUCAUCUGUGUACAUCUCUGAAAGCUAAUUUAAACAAAGAAGUCUAUUUAUGGCCCAGGAUCAUCGCUUCAUCCUUUAUCUGUCAGAUAUGCCUAACUUCAGUUCUAUUUAGCAUUUUAAUUUGAAAAACUCCAUAUAUUGUUACUCAGAUAUAAAGUUUUCGGUGUGUUCUGAGGGUUCCGUUCCGUGUCCUUCCCCCAUGUUCACCGUAUUUAUACUCCCCUUCCUCUGGCUCACGUUGUGUGUUAAACCCUGAGUAGUUGUUCUCUCUCACCUCGGCCUUUCGAGCGUUCAGAGCAAUAGAUUUGGAACAGAAACCUCCUGAAGCGUUACGGGAGUCUUUAUGAGCGCUCCCUCCCUUUAAAGUCCCACUGAAACGUCGCUCUGUGGGUGAGAGACUCUUUCCUGAUCACAGCCAUGAAAACGCAGCCAUGUAGCUACACACACACACACACACACACACACACACACACACACACACACACACACACACACACACACACACACACACACACACACACACACUCUCUCUCUCUCUCUCUCUCUCUAACCAGCCCUGGUCAAAUGCUUUCUAUUACAUUAAAGAGGAGGAGCCAUGACACAGAAAUAACAGAAGAUUCUGUUAGGGUUAAAUCUGCAGCAGCACCUCUGUGUGGACGAUGUUUUAUCGGCUGCUGUGAUGUUUGGGGCUCAACUUGUUUUCAGUUAUCUCAAGAACGGUGGUCAAUAUUUAGCCAGACACAUUCCAGUAUUCUGAGCAGUAUUAAUUUAUCAAUUUUAGCCUUGGACUGAGGGCUUUUUUGGAAUUUUCCUCCUGCCAGUAUUGAGAAAUGCUCCUCUUGUCACCGUGAGUCCUGCAGGCUGAUAACGACGUGUUUUAUUCAGACAUGACGAUGCACAGAUGAUCCAAACUGAGUCAGCUUCAGUGCGUUUCUUUUUCCGGCCUGAAUUUUCUCAGUUCACGAAGCUCCAUCUGAUACAACAAGCAAAAAAACCAAAACAACCCAACUGUAGCUGUUUGACUCAGGUCUGAUAAAGUCACACAAACACACAUGUGGCUUCAAGCUGCUGAUCCUCUGUAUGGAUGUGUGUUUUACCCGGGCUUCAUGUUAAUCUGGAGCGUUUUAGGGGCGACGAGCUCCACAGUGUGAGAACAAAAUACCAGGACUGCCUCUUCUUACUUUUAUUUUCAUAAACUACAAACUACAAUGAGAACUGUUAGCGUUUUUAUACUGUAUUAGCUCUGUAAUACCUUCCAAGAGGGCUAAUCAGUUCAUUGUUUUUAUAUCAAAAUGACAUUUUAAUCACAAGAAUUAUUCACGUUUCUUUGUUUGAGGGCAUGUUAUGCUGUUAUUAAAUGAAGAGUAGACUCCUGAAAGGCCACCUGUGGACCCAAACUAUGAUUUUAAACAUAACGUAAACAGCUAUGUAAUCUGAAAUGAUGACAGAUUUACUCAGCAGUAGUUUAUUUAUAUGAAAAGGCCUGAAAAAGAAGCAUCUGCAUUACAUGAACUGAUGUACAAACCAGAUAAAUAUGUGAUCAUGUCUAGUGUGCAUUUGAUUUAAAACUAUUCUCAUUCAGCUCUCAGCUUCAGAAUCUGAGUCUACAUUCAACAGAACAGACAAACGGAUGCAAAAACAGCACAUUAGAAGACAAAAACUAACAGCGACAGUGAUGUAUGUGCUAGUUUUUAUGUUACGUUUGUUUCGAUUCAAGAAGAACAGAUAAAGUUAGACGACUGGCAGCAAUCUAAACAGAAAUAAUGUAUGUUCAGACUAAGUCUAGCUAGAACAGAAAUGUUUAUCUAAAUAAAAACAGCUUUAAAAGAGUUUGUAUAAAGCUGUUAAAUAUUUAAAAAGCAGCUAAUGUUAGCUUGCUAAUAUAAAAUCUGUUUCGACUGAAAACGUGUUUGACCUAAAUGACAAAAUGGACCAAUCACAACCAGAUAGGUUAGUGUGAUUCUUUAUUUCCCUCUUGUAUUAAACCACACCACUUUUUCUGACUCUGAAACACGCUCAUUUACAUUUACAGAUAUUAUGGACUGGCAGCUCAGCUCGGGCCCUGAACCUGUAAUGCUGCUUUUACAGCUGAUUGCUUUUGAUUGGACACUACACAUUUCCUAGCAACCGAUUUACACAUAAAUUAAUUCUCUACCUGAAUUAGAAAAUCACAAAUUAAGUUUUUUGAAGAACUGCAGGAAAUAUGAUUAAAAAAGCAGAAACAGCUGCUGCAGAUAUUUUAUCAGCUUCUGUUUCUAACUUCCACAUGAAAUGCAUAAAUAAAGUAGCCAUGACACCCUCUUACUACCUCUAAACCAGCACACACAAAGCUCAGAGGAGGCGGUCCUGAUGUUUUGCUCUUUACAUGGAAGCACACGUCCUCCUGCUGCAAACACACAACACACACACAACACACACACCGAGCACGCUGGCACACUCCAGCUGCAGAAACCUCCAACAGAAGCAGCUUUACUGACCAGCCACUUCCACACACACAGCUCCAGGUGUGUGUGAGCUCUGAACACAGUCCUAUCUGCAGGUAUAAGUAGCGUGUGUGUGAGUGUGUGAGUGUGUGUGUGUGUGUGUGGGAGAGAGAGAUUGUAAUUUAUGCAUUCAUGAUGAUUGUAUGUGUGCAGUUUGUGUGCGUUCAUCUGUAGCUCUCCAGAUCCUCAGACUGCAACACACUAAGUCACCUCAGGGAGAAACACAAUGACCUGUGUCACGUCUGCACACACACACACACACACACACACACACACACACUGCUAGGUCUUCUGAGGAUACCUCACAAGUUCAAAAGUCUAUUCUGGGUUCAGAUAUUUGUGUCCUUCAUCCGGUUUAGUUUUGGUUUCAUGGACUCUGUGGGUAAAGUGUGUGAUUAAGGGCUCUCCACGUCUCUCUACUGUUAUUUCAGCCCUCUUAUUGUAACACAAACACACGUCUCUGUCUGUCCGUCUGUCUGUCCGUCUGUCCUGCCGUCCUCCACUCGCUCUUCUUCUCCUCCUGUCCGGGGACGUCUUUGUGCUUGUAAAAGGCGAAAGCAACGAAUGUUUCCAGCAAACACUUUUUUGUAACAACUUAAACAAUAAAGUGUAAAAGCGA